AUGAACUUCAUUUUCAGAAAUGUCUUUAGUAAACAACAUUUGUGCUCUAAUUUCAACUAUGCAGCCCUUAACUGCAUUCAAAGGGCCAGGGGCCCCCUGCCGUUGGUUACAUUACCCCAGUCACGUCACCUCCAUGUCGGGGAGCGGGCCUCUCUCACCAAGACCUUCAGCGCCAGGGACGUGGCGGUCUUCGCCGAGCUCACCGGGGACGUCAACCCCAUUCACCUGGACCCGACCUAUGCCAAGACCACGUCGUUCGAGAAGCCCAUCGUCCACGGCGUGCUGAUAAACGGACUGAUCUCGGCCAUUCUGGGGACCAAGUUGCCGGGGAGCGGCUGUAUCUUCCUGUACCAGGAGAUCAGGUUCCCGGCGCCGCUGUACAUCGGGGAGGAGGUGCUGGCUGAAGCCGAGGUGAAGAAGAUCAAGAUGUCGUUCGCCUUCAUCGCAGUGACCUGCUCUGCCAAAGAUAAAGUGGUCAUGGAGGGGGAGGUCAUGAUCAUGAUGCCAGAGGAUCAGCAACCAAGGGCGCGAUGAUGACGAUAACAGUUGGAGGGAAUAUUUUGUUGCCUUCAAAUCCAGUCUGUUUGUGCUAACAUUCUACUCCUUGUCAUGCCAAACGGAGAAGGAGUGGAAAUGUUUUGCACAAACGGACUUCCUUUGAAGCUAGUUGGUGGAUAUAUUGUAGUCUCUCUUGACAUGACAGACUUGAGCUAACGUGAGAUUUUGGUUGUGGCGGCAGGGAUUUAAAAUAUGUUGUGGUAAACCUGUACUUUUGUUUAACUGGCUUUUGGAGAUCCUUUUUAAGUUUGUAUGGCUUGAAUCUCACAUCCCUCUAGGAACAGCUCAGAGGUAGUAUCUGUUGUGGGACUACCUCCAAAGCAUCUUCUGACAAAUGCCUGCUAAAUCAGUGGCACUGGAAUGAUCCUUGUUUUGCUCAUAAUUUUUCAAAUAACUGUUAUAUGGUCUGGUGCUCUUGUAUUACAAAUAAUUGUGCACAAUGUUCUUUGGUUAAAUGAUGAUUUAUUGAAUUUGAGGCUACUUUUGUUUGAUCAAAGAUCCUUCUUAGCUGUUUUGUAAAUAAGUGGCAUAAUAAAGACCUAGAUCAAUGUAUGUAGGCAUAUUUGAGUUACAAAUAAAUUGAAUCUAAGCAUUUUCAA